CACAAUCUUCAUCAUUAUCUCAAUAUUGUGUUUGUGCUUAGAGACCCACUCAGACUUCAAGGUGAACAUCUCCACAGAGGGACUGGCGUGGAAGGAAUUUGGAUACGGGGAUGUGACAGCCUUCUUGAAAGAAUAUGAAAUCAAUUGGAAGAUAAAUUCACAGGAAAACUGUAAAAUUGAAACUGUUAAUCCGAAUACUGGCACAGGCAAUGAUAGCACACUCCAAAACACAAUCGGUAGCACAAUCUCUGCCAUAACAUCGGGGCAACUUGAGACUGAUAGCACAACACCAGAAAAGAUACUGGUAAUCGUUUCAGGAAAUUGCAAAGAAACAGCCUACAUGUUAGAUAUCAUUGACAUUAUCUGCUUCAUCUAUUUCUCCGUAGAGCUUAUCAUUCGUCUUGCUUUCUCACCCAGCAAGUUAAGAUUUAUCUUUAAUGUAUUCACUAUCUUUGACAUUCUGGCCGUGUUUCCGUACUUUCUCGUAAUCUUUCAAGAAUUGGCGAACCCUACCUCAGGGUACAAGACAGAUAUAAUAGAUGUCGCUGUUGCGUUGAGAGCUCUUAGGGUGUUCCAGUUAUUCAGAAUAAUGCGUCACUAUACAGGGGUCCAGGUGUUAUAUUACACAUUCAAAGUAAGCAUCAGAGAAUUCCUCCUACUGCUCAUCAUGAUGAUGCUUGGGAUGCUAAUCUUCGCUUGCUUUAUAUACUUUGCUGAAAAUUAUAUCCACGAGAGUGAUUCUCCCAAUAAGAUAACCAGUAUACCUGUCGGCUUAUGGUGGGCUCUCGUUACUAUGACAACCAUUGGAUACGGAGAUUUUUUCCCGACGACGGCAACCGGAUACAUCAUUGGAUCAAUGUGUGUUUUAUGUGGUGUUUUGACUGUGGCAUUUACAGUGCCGAUUAUAGUAAAUAAUUUUAUGAUGUACUAUAGGCAUGCUAGCGCUAGGAGGAAGCCUACACAGUCUAAAACUGUUGAAAAUAUAGCCUAGUCGAAGAAUAGGUUGAACCAUCGGGGGCUUAACAGGAUCUUUAACUAUGCCCAUGAUUGACCAUGUUAAGCAAAACAUUUUAAAUGCUUGCUCUUGCUGAGCAAAGGGAAAAUAAUUUUAAGAAGUUAUAUCAUGGUUUGAUUGAAUUGCUACUUACUCAUGUCUCCAUAUUGCUCAUCUCCUCCAAAUUGGACAUCAUUUCCAAAUAUAGAGUUCAUUUUUAAGAAAUUAUGUUUUUUAAAUGGUCCUCAAUAUUCAAAGAGCUCAAAAUGGGGGGGGGGAGAUUUAAAGAUUUUUUGGAUCCCUUGUUAAUUUCCAGGUUUGCCCGUCCCCCUAUUCCUCUCAAACACAAGGCUGGGGAAAUAUGUUGCAGGGGAUGGGAGGAGACUUGAUAUAGGACUGCAUACAAUUUUUGUGAAGAAAUAUAUAUAUAAUAUAUACCAGAGAUUAAAUCAGCAAAAUAUAAGAAACAUUAUAUUCUUUAAAUAAAUAAAAUAUAUUUAUAAAACACUGUAUUGGAUGCUUGCACAUUAAUGAGUUUUUCAUUUGCUAAAUGGAUAAAUACACCCACGAAAAUUCAUUCAGAAAAUUCACAUAUUCUUUUUCUCCAAUGUGAAUGUCAAGAGAGAAGACUUAAACAAUAAUGAUGGAAAAAGUAAUCUAAAAUGAAACAAAGAAACAAUGAAUUUAGAUUGAUGACAUGAGUAGUGUCUUAUUAUUUUUCAAGUUCUUGCUUCGAGUCCUUAUUUGAACCCCCAAACACCUUACUCUGGCAGUGAAUUUGAUAGGAGUGGGUCAAGAGACUUUGGUCCAAUACCUGAGUGACAUAUUCAUAGGUGCACCUCUUACUUAGCUCAGUGUUUAAGAAUUGUUGUCCAUAAGUAUAUGUUUUAAUACAAUCGAAGCAAAUGUAAGUUGUCACUCGUUAUUUUUUGUGACUGAAAUUCCCUAUAAAAUUUCCCUGCUCAUCACCCUAUUUCCUGAUUUUGAGAGAAUAUAUUUUUAGAAACCAGAAAGUCAGUGAGGCAAAUUAGAAGGUGGAAUAGGAAAUGAUGAAAACGAUGACUUUAAGAAAUCCAGAUCUUCCCAAUGUACCCUUUUUAAAUGUAGUUUCUCAAUUAUGACAUCACAAUUCUUGUAGCCAGUGUGACACCAUAAUAUCAAUGUAGCCGGUGUACACAACAAUGUCAAUGUAGACAGUGUGACACCAUAAUGUCAAUGUAGUCAGUGUUCACAACGAUGUCAAUGUAGAAAGUGUGACACCAUUAUGUCAAUGUAGCCAGUGUGACACAACAAUGUCAAUAUAGCCAGUGUGACACAACAAUGUCAAUGUAGCCAGUGUGACACAACAAUGUCAAUGUAGCCAGUGUACAUCAAACUUUCAAUGGAGCCAGUGUACACAAUGCCAAUGUAGAAAGUAUGACACCAUUAUGUCAAUGUAGCCAGUGUGACACAACAAUGUCAAUGUAGCCAGUGUGAUGACACCACACUGUCAAUGUAGCCAGUGUACUCCACAAUGUCAACGUAGUCAGUGUGACAGCCUGAUCUGUGUUGUGAGUAUGACAUUAACAGUGACAGCUCAAAGAACCAAGUGUGACAUCACAUCCCUAUCCACUGUUGUGAUGUCAUAAUGAUAUGGCAAUUCUGUGGCUUGUUGCUUAUUAUUGUGGCUGUUCAGCUGCUGGGGGAUCAACAUCCCCUUCUUGCUGGGCCUCCCCUGCUUGCUGUCCCUCCCCCCAGUUGAAGCCUCCGGGUCUUUCUUCCUCUGGGAGGGGAUUGUAAUUAGGGUCAUCACCCCCAUGGUCAAAUAUCAUUUUUCUGAAAGUUAAGCCACAAAUUUAGAAAUUUGUAAAUAUGCUGUGAAAGAUGACACUAUCAUACUGAUGAAAAAUUAUUUCAAUGACAAAUACAUGACAUUAAAUUACAUUUAUAGACUCAUUACUACAAAUACAUGAAACGUAGAGGUCUUCAAUUAAUCAACAUA